AUGAAAAGAUUCAAGUCUCCUUCAACUAUUAUUGAUAAGUACCCCGAGCUCAAGUGUUUAGAAGAGACAAAGAGAAAACUAAAGCAAGAAAUUUCUAACGUAGAAGAAUCCAUUCGAAACGCCAAAAUUGUGUUAAAAUAUCAAGAAAAGAAUGAAGAUGCCACUCUAAAUAACCUGAUAUUGAAAUGGCGUCGCGCAAGUCAAGAAGCUGCAGAGUUUCUGUUCUCCAAAUUUCAAGAGGCUCAAAAUUCAAGUUUUUUACAAAACAACUUUUAUUCGAAUAAUAAUCGGGGAGGAUCAAAUAGCAAUAGUAAUUGGGGUUGGGAGGAUUAUUAUGGUAGUAAUAACAAAAAUCGAAGAGAUCGGGGAGAUGGUGAAAAUGAAGAUGAGGAUGAAGAAGAACAAAGCGACAGUGAUGGUAAUAGCAACAGCCAAAAUAUAAAUAUGAAAUCAAUGCUUACACAGUUUGGUGUUGACAUUGGGUUGAUUAAGUGGGAUGAAGAUCAAGAAUCCUUUCUAGAAUAA